AUGAGUAACGAUGAAGGAGAAACAUUUGCCACGGAACAGACUACUCAACAAGUUUUUCAGAAGCUAGGUAGCAACAUGGAAAAUCGAGUUUGUUUUGAUUGUGGUAACAAGAAUCCUACUUGGACUUCGGUACCUUUUGGUGUGAUGCUGUGUAUUCAAUGCUCUGCUGUGCAUAGAAACAUGGGUGUUCAUAUCACCUUUGUAAAGUCUUCUACAUUAGAUAAAUGGACAAUUAACAAUUUAAGAAGGUUUAAGUUGGGUGGGAACCAUAAGGCUCGUGAUUUUUUCUUAAAGAACAAUGGGAAACAGCUACUAAAUACAGCAAAUGUUGACGCGAAAACAAAAUAUACGAGCCCUGUUGCUAAGAAAUAUAAGAUACAUCUCGACAAGAAGGUUCAAAAGGAUAUGGAGUUAUACCCAUCAGAAUUAGUCUUGAACGGUCAAGAUUCUUCGGACUCACCGUUGGACACCGAUUCAGACGCUUCCAGGUCGACUUCCAAAGAAAAUAGUGUUGACGAUUUUUUCUCUAAUUGGCAAAAACCAAGCUCCAAUUCCAGUUCUAAACUCAAUGUAAAUACAGGCUCUCUCGCCCCAAAAAACAACACCACAGGCAGCACACCCAAGACCACUGUCACUAAAACGAGAAGUUCCAUCUUAACGGCUAGCAGAAAGAAACCGGUAUUAAACUCGCAAGAUAAAAAGAAACAUUCAAUUUUGUCUUCGUCAAGAAAGCCCACUAGACUAACCGCAAAGAAAGUCGACAAAUCACAGGCAGAAGACUUGUUUGAUCAAUUUAAAAAAGAGGCUCAACAAGAAAAGGAGGACGAGUUCACUAAUUCGUCUUCUAGCACCAAAAUUAGACAAAAUGAUUACGAUUCCCAAUUUAUGAAUAACAGUAAAGGCAACAAUAAUAACAGUAUAGAUGAUAUUAAUACCCAGCCUGAUGAAUUCAAUGAUUUUUUAAAUGACACUUCAAACAGCUUCGACACAACUAGAAAAGAACAGCAAGAUACUUUAACACCCAAGUUUGCCAAAUUGGGAUUUGGUAUGACCAUGAAUGACGCCAAUGAUUUGGCAAAGCAACAAAAAGAAUCUCAGAAAAUAGCUCAGGGACCAAGAUAUACGGGCAGAAUCGCGGAAAGGUACGGCACACAAAAAGCUAUAUCAUCUGAUCAAUUAUUUGGUCGUGGCUCAUUUGAUGAAGCAGCAAACAGGGAAGCGCAUGACAAGUUGAAAACAUUUGACAAUGCUACAUCAAUUUCCUCUUCUUCAUACUUUGGAGAAGAUAAAGAAGUGGAUGAAUUUGGUAAUCCCAUCAAUAGUAGUGGAAGUGGAGCAGGGAAUUUUGAUGGCCGUAAUUCUAAUAACGGUUUCAUCGAUUUUAAUGCCUCCGCAGAUGAUGAAUUGCAGAUGUUGAGAGACGUUGUAGAACAGGGUGCUGAAAAACUCGGUAGUUAUUUAAGGGACUACUUAAGAAAAUAA